AUGGCUGAUGCCGAAGACACCCAUUCCGCGCUGGAGCCGCGCCGGGCUUGUCAGGAGUGUAAUCGAAAGAAGACGAAAUGCGACAUGAGACGUCCAGUUUGCGGCCUGUGUUUGCGUACCGGGAACACCUGCAGUUUUCCAUCAAAACGAAAAAAACCCGUCCUCCGAAAGCCUCAUUUGAAGGUCCAGUCCCGGAAAAUUAGUGAUAGCUUGUCCAGAUUGGUGCAAGUCCUUGAGACAGCUUCUCGGGCCGGCGAAGAAACCGAUGUUUCCAAUGGCACACGAGAGAUCCCUCAAUCGUUGCUCAAAGAUUCUCUCAAAGGCCUCCUUGCUGAGAUCAGGACCUCUGAUACUCAAGCAAACAGCAGUAGUGGCCCGGCCACUGAACAAGACGAGGGCCAACCUUCUGAGUCCACUGGAGAAAAUGUUGAAGACGAAGACGAAGAUGUCGACGGCGAUGGGCUGGAGUUCCCUCAUAUACGGGGCCCGGAUCGCGAGUCCUUGACUGCUAAUAAUACGGUUCACUCAGAAGCUUCUGAUUUGGACAACGGAAUCUCCUGUUCAGUUGCCAUUGAUCUGGUCAACUCUUUCUUUGAAAAGGUGCAACCAUGGCUACCGAUCUUGCACAGACCACGAUUUCAAGCACGUUAUGAGAGUAAGCUCCUGGUGGCGGGUGAUGUUAUGAAGGGUCUCUCGGCGGAUGAGUGUCUCUUAUUCUAUGGCAUCUUUGCAUUGUCGGCGCGAUUCUCGAGCCAUCCAAGAUUCAGCAAUAUUCCUCCGAACAAGCGAGGCCAGGAUUUUGCCGAACGGGCCAAAGAUGUUUACACCCAAGGUCGAACCUUGAAGACCCCUUCUCUUAUGUACCUACAGGGCUGCAUUCUGCUUGCAUUCUACUUCUACACUUCCGGGCCGACUCAUCAAGGCUGGCUUCUCAUCGGGGUCUGCGUCCGCAUGGCGUACGAUCUUGGCCUCUUCGAAAUCGACGAGGAUGAUUGGACACCAGCCAGUCCUGUUGACCACGUUGAAAAGGAGGAGCUAAGGCGAGCUUGGUGGUUGGUGUGGGAGCUUGAUACUUUUGCCUCCACUGUUUCGCGGAAACCCUACGCGAUUGACCGGAAAAGGAUGUCGGUGACCCUACCAAUCUCUGAUGAAGCCUGGUUCUCCGAAGUUGAUGUGCCAUCUGCCGAGCUGAAUUUGCAACCUGGGCAGUCUUGGAGGUCACUGCAUGGAAGCGCAAACCAGGAUGAAAGAGCUUGGUUUCUGGUCGCAAAUAGCUUUAUGGCAACACUCCACGAUCGGCUGCAGCAGAAACAAGAUGUGUCUCCCGACGAGAAGCUGACCUUGGAGAACGAAGUCUGCUGCUUCAAAUUGGCGCUUCCCCCUUCGCUUCGGUUGGAUAUCGACACACUGACCUUCACCCCCUCGUCCUUUGCAAGGUGCAAUUGGGUCAUUGGCACUCAUCUCAUGUUGAUGGCAACCUCAUUCAUGGUGGCCGGCAUUGUCACCGGAGAAAGCGACGAUAAUAGCAUAUCAGGCCUGAGUGCAAGCGGAAUAUCACCCUUACGUCAACGCGCCAUCGACCUGUCACGGAUCAUCAGUCUCUGGGAUACGCGAUAUAUCGUAGUGGCGCAUCCCUUUUUGGCUUGCAUGAUGCUUCCACCCUAUGCCGUGGACAGCAGCGUCUACAGAACACAGUCACUCAUCUCUUCUACACACGACUUGGCUAAACUGGUGCUAGAGCACUUCGCUGAAAGGUGGAAACUAGGUUCGGUCGUCUCAGAAAUUGCGAAGAUGAUGGAGCAAGGAGGACCGCGCAACCCCGAAGAGAAGCAACUCGUCAAACGAUAUGCGGUCUUCUUCCGGAUACCUCGACUGAGUGGCAACAGCCCCGCAUUCCUUCAGCCUGACUAUGGCCAACUAGACAGGAACGGAUCGACAACCGGCGAGGAGACACUUUAUGCUGGUCAAACGGAACCCCAGCAACGACAAGUCCAACCUCUGCAAGGGUUUGCAACAUCCAUCGGGUUGCCGGGUCAAACCAACUUGUCAAACUACCAAGCUCCAAUGUUCGACUCUCAGACAUUUCCACCAUUGCAUGCUAAUGCUUACGAGUCGAGUAACGAAGUUGACCUCGGCUUCUCGGAGUUCUUUGGCAGCUACCAAGACACAGAUCUAUGCUGGCUAAAGUAA